AUGGGCUCAGUGCCUUCUGUGGAGUCUCAAACCAUCCAUAAACUCUCUGAUUUCCAAAAGCGAUGGAAAUGUACAGUAUUGCUGCUCGUUUCAGACGAGGAGGAUCUCUGCGUGUCCACUCCACGGGUCACUGCCGCCCACAUCUGGGCUUUGUUUGCGUGCGGGGUCACCCGCGGCCGAUGGGAACUAUAUGUUCCUGAUGCGUUUGCUCCUGUUUCACGCUCUAUUUAUAGAGCUGAUGAGGAAGGAUGCUUGAAAUCCGAUGCGCCUCCAUUAAAACAGAGGGAAGGGAAAUCCUCUUUGACAAUACAGUUUGUGGAAGGCCAGUUUGUCGACUCCUACGACCCCACGAUUGAAAACACGUUUACGAAAAUGAUCACAGUGAACGGUCAGGAGUAUCACCUGCAGCUGGUGGACACAGCAGGACAGGACGAAUACUCUAUUUUCCCGCAGACGUACUCCAUAGAUAUCAACGGCUACAUUCUGGUGUAUUCAGUCACCUCCAAUAAAAGUUUUGAAGUAGUAAAAGUUAUCCAUGAAAAGUUGUUGGAUAUGGUGGGAAAAGUACAAGUACCCAUAAUGCUGGUGGGCAAUAAGAAAGACCUUCACAUGGAACGUGUGAUCAGCUGUGAAGAGGGCAAAGCUUUGGCAGAAUCGUGGAACGCAGCGUUCAUGGAGUCCUCGGCCAAAGAGAAUCAGGUGAUGAUGCGUUUCCUGUCUCUUCCUCUUCCUCUUCCU